AUGGAGUUUUUACUUGAAACUUCAGCAUUGCGACAGGAAGGCAUAGCUGCGCCAUCCACUCGGUCACCACGUAGCAGUGCCUUAUCGCACCAGCCGGCCAUUAAUGCUGCUCCAGUCGCAGCUCCCAGCAGCAAUCCACUGCUAUCUAAUGACAAGCCAACCUUCGCAGGCCACCGCGCACAACAAGUCGCUGAAGCUGUCCUCCCAAGCUCGACAACUAGUCCAGAGCAGUCGCUAGCGAACAACGGUAUAUCGAUUCUGCCGACAUCUGCAGAGGAUAUCCCACUUGUUCACUUCCAUGAGGGCAAGGUACAAUGUCUGAGAGACUCUAUGCUCCGGUCGAAACCCAGUAGGCUGGAGUUCAUAUCUAUGCUCCCUAAGACCGAAGCACUUCUGCUGGUUGAGUCUUUUAUCGAAGAUGUCAACAAAGUCUUUCCACUCUUCCACGUGCAGUCGCUCAAGUUUAUGUGCAGGCAUAAGUAUCCAGUAGAUGCGGACUCCGUGGAGCCUGCUUGGUGGGCUUGUUUGAAUGCGAUCAUCGCCAUGGAAAUCCAGUUGAAGAUCUCGAACAGUACCUCCAGAGCGGUGGCCGAAUUUUCGUGGAGCUUUUUCAAGAAUGCGUUCUUUGUUCUUACGGAACUGAUCACCGACAGCCCCAGUAUAUUAGCUGUCCAGGCCGUCCUCGUCAUGGCGACCUUUAUGAGCGGAACCACGGACCUACAGACUUCGACGUUUCUCACCUCUUCUGCGAUCAGGAUGAUGCAAACUAUCGGUCUAGACAAAGAGGAUCUAGGCAAUAGGUUGAGCGCCAUCGAGAAGGAGCAACGAAGACGCAUAUUCUGGAUCGCCUUCUUGCUUGACGGGGCCACAAGCCUGAACUUGGGAUUGCCCCCUGUGCUGGAUUUCGAGAACGUUCGAAUAAAUCUCCCCACUGAGGACUCGCCGGACGGACUGGGGACACUGUUCAACUCGGAUGGAACAGGCAGUGUGAACAUAUUCAGGCUCAGAGUCGAGCUAGCCAUCAUCAGGUCAAAGAUAUACAAACGGUUGUUUAGCCAGGAUGUCACAGGAGUCACGGGCCACUAUGCACAAAACCAAGUUAGUGAGCUCCAAUAUGAGUUGAGGGUUUGGAAAGAGAAAAUCCCAGCUGAAAUCCAGCUGGAUCAUGCUUCCCAAACUGGGGGUGAAACAAGAGAGUUGCCUGUGGUUAUGUUGCAGUUUGAGUUCCACCACUGUAUGGACUUGAUCAACAGGACAGCCACAGCACGUCACAGCUCUCAAGAAUUGCUUCGAAGGGGUGCGUUUUGCACCGACGCAGCUAGAAAAACACUUCGCCUGCUUGACUUCGUUGGUUGCCCACCAUUCUCAGAUCUAUGGCGAGCGCUACCUUAUCCUCUCUGUGCAACCAUCACACUGCUUGCAGAGGUGCUUGCCAGACCCGCCGGUACUCAAGCCGCGGCGGAUGUCAGCCUCAUCGGCUCAUUCCUGCGGUUUCUGAAGAAUAUCCAGCAGAAAGAAGGCUAUGAUAUUACUCGAUUCGUGGGUGGUUGCGCAGUGCUUAAUGACGCUGCCAAAGCUGCCAUUGCCAGGACGCAAGCAGAAGGGUGUAUCCAGACCGAAAUCGAAGUUCGCGGCGAUGCAACACAGUCACCAGUGGAUCCAGUGUCGGACCCAACUAUUCAGGCAAAGUUGACAGAGAGGCUUUUAUCGUGGCUUCAAAAGUUCCCCAGCUACAUGCACCUCGCUCAUGGCCUCAUGGGAAACAUGCCGAGACUAACUUAUGCAGCCUCAUUGGUGCUCUCUGACAUCUUCAGGGGUUUUGACGGGAAUGGUGCUCCUUUUCAAUCUUUUGCAUCCGAGACUUUGAUGCCGAGCACGUACGGACUGGGCUCGGCAACGAGCCAGGUACCAACUAGCGCUGUUCAUCCCCACGCAGACACAUGCGAGAAUACAACGCAGUGGGAGUUGUUGUGUAGGUAG